AUGUAUCGUCUAUUAAAAACACUUAAAUUUAAAGCCGACGAUGUUAUUAUUCAUGUUGGAGAAGAACCAGAUAUUAAAGAAUUUCGUUCAUAUUCUAAAACUUUAUGCAAUAAAUCCGAUUAUUUUAAAAAAAGACUUUCUGACGAGAAUAUCGAGAAAGAAGAUGGAUAUUACGUAAUUAAGAUACCAAAUAUUAAUUCUCAAAUUUUUGAAAUUAUUAUCAAGAACUUAAACGGAACUGAUGACUUAAAUAGAAAGACCGGAGUUGAAAUUUUAAAUAUUAUAAUUACUUCUGAUGAUUUAAAAUUAUAUCAAUUAGCUAAACAAGCCGAAGAAUUCUUUAUUAAGAAUCGUCAAUGUCAAUUAUUACGAAAUGAUCCAGUCGGAAUUCUAAAAUUAGUUCUUCAUCAUAAAAUUCUUAGUAAGAUACAAGAAUUUUGUUUGGAAACAAUCUGUUCUGAACCUGAAAUUUUAUUUAACUCUGAUGAUUUUAUUGAUUUACCCGCUCCUAUAUUAGAAAUUAUUUUGAGAAGAAAUGAUUUAAAAUUAAUUGAAAUUAAAAUUUGGGAAAAUUUAAUUAAAUGGGGAAAAGCGCAAGAAGCGCAAGAAAAAACUCUUGAUGAGGAUAAUCAAGAAAAACUUAAAAGAUUUACACCAUUAAUUAGAUUUUAUGAUAUUUCUUCUGAAGAUUAUUUUAACAAAGUCAAACCUAUUAUACCAAAAGAAUUACAAGAAGAAAUUUUAAAAUUUCAUAUGAUUCCUGAAUAUAAACCAACAUUGGUUAAUUUUUUACCGAGACGUAUUUAUUCUUUUAAUUCUGCUUUAAUUAAUCAAAAUCAUUUUGCACUUUUUGCAAAUUGGAUUGAUAGAAAACAUAAAUAUUGUAAUUUUGUACUUUUAUAUAGAGCUAGUAGAGAUGGUAAAACAGCAACAGCAUUUCAUAAUAAAUGUGAUAAUAAGGGAGCUACUAUAGUUGUAGUAAAAAUCAAAAAUUCAGAACAAAUAGCUGGGGGAUAUAAUCCAUUUUCUUGGGAAUCAAGUGGUAAAAAUAAGUCUACAAAAAAUAGUUUUAUAUUUUCAUUUAAAGAUAAAAACAACUUCCAAAGUGCAAAUGUAGCUAAUAGUAAAGGAGAUCAAUAUUCUGUAAGAUGUCGUUCGCAUUGUGGACCAUAUUUUGGUUAUCGUGAUUUAUAUGUAAAUCAUAAUGAAAAUGACAAGAAUCCUGAUAUUUGGAAUAGUUGGUAUGAAAGAUCUUAUCCUACACUUAAUUUACCAAAUACUUUUGUUGUAGAUGAUUAUGAAGUUUUUCAAGUAAUUAAAAAAUGA